AGAAUGCCCCUGUCAAAUGGUUCUUUGGUAACUGAAUUCAUUCUCUUGGGGUUAACAGACCAACCUGACCUUCUAAUACCUCUAUUCUUACUUUUUCUGGUAAUAUAUUUGAUUACUUUAUUGGGGAAUUUGGCUUUGAUAAUUCUUAUUGUGCUGAACUCUCACCUUCACACCCCCAUGUACUUUUUCCUUUUUAACUUGUCCUGCAUAGACCUUUGUUAUUCCUCUGUGAUUACACCAAAAAUGCUAAUGAACUUCAUAAUAGAAAAUAACACAAUCUCUUAUAUGGGAUGCAUGAGUCAGCUCUUUUUCUUUUGUUUUUUUAUCAUUUCUGAAUGCUAUGUGCUUGUGUCAAUGGCUUAUGAUCGCUAUGUGGCUAUCUGCAAUCCACUCUUGUAUAACACUGUCAUGUCUUUAAAGGUUUGCUCAUAUCUUAUGCUUGGUUCAUACUUGAUGGGGUUUUUGGGUGCUGUGAUCCACACUGGAUGCAUGUUGAGACUGACCUUCUGUGAUAGAAACACCAUCAACCACUAUUUCUGUGAUGUUCUCCCUUUGCUCCAGCUCUCCUGCACCAGCACCUAUGUCAAUGAGACAGAGAUUUUUAUUGUGGGUGGAAAAGACAUCAUUGUUCCUACUGUCAUCAUCUUUACCUCUUAUGGUUUCAUCCUUUCCAGCAUUCUCCAAAUAAGGUCCACAGAGGGCAGGUCCAAAGCCUUCAGUACUUGCAGUUCCCAUAUGUUCGCUGUUUCUCUGUUCUUUGGCUCAUGUGCAUUUAUGUAUCUCAAACCUUCCUCUGCUAUCUCUAUGGAUGAGGGAAAGUUCUCUUCUAUUUUUUAUACCAUUGUUGUUCCUAUGCUGAACCCCUUAAUCUAUAGCUUGAGGAAUAAAGAUGUUAAUGUUGCCCUGAGAAAAACUCUGAGCAAGAAGUAG